AUGUUGGAUAAGCGGCGGCUUCAUGGCCACGUGUCGCCGCCAGGUUACUUGCUGUUUGUGAUUGCCCUAUUUUUAAUGGGAUUUCUAUCAUUUUGGAUGCUAAUUAUCGGGUGUCCAGAGUCAUCACUGCUAACUACCGAAGUAACUGUUCCCGGAUACAUUCUAUUGGUUCCUGACAACGUCUCAACGAUUCCUGUACCAUAUUCAUUGAACGAUCUGCCGUCCACCGAUGAAUCGACGCUGAUUGAUAUUAAAAAUUUUAAAUUCACCAUCAACCAUGAUCCCUGCAACAAAACGCAGCCGCUGCUGCUGAUGUUGAUACACUCAGCCCCUGGUAAUUUUGCUAAACGCAAUGUCGUGCGUGACACUUGGGGCAAGCAGACGCCAGAAAUGGUCGUGCUGUUCCUUGUCGGAGCUACCCUCGACUACCAGGCUGAUUUGAACAAAGAGAAUAAUAAGUACCAAGAUAUUAUUCAAGGAAAUUUUAUUGAUGCAUACAGAAAUAUGACUUACAAACACGUCAUGGCUUUGAAGUGGGCCACGUAUCAUUGUCCAACAAUGAUAGACUUCUUAAAACACGGUCUUUCGCCAUGGGGUGCUCGACGAUUAAUUCUGUGUGACCCGCUUUCAACGGGGGUUGUGAAAAGGUCAUGGCGUUCUAAAUGGCGAGUAUCGCCUCAAGAAUACCCUGGCAGACGUUAUCCAGCUUAUUGUGCAGGUUGGGCUAUUUUAUAUUCACCAGAUAGUGUAUUUCUACUGUAUAAAGAAGCUCAAAGAGAACCAUAUUUUUGGAUCGACGAUGUCCACAUUACGGGAACAGUCGCUAGAAAAGUUAAUUUAACUCACAGCUCAUUACAUUCAUUAGUAUUAAAAAAUGAAGAUAUGGAGGAGUUGUUAAGUAAUCCUAAUGUACAUCGUGAAUUUUUAUUUGGACCGCCUAAUUUGGCUGAAAAUCAUAUUAAGGCUUUACAUUAUUUGAGCCAAUCUAAUAAAGUUUGGCAAUAA